ACGCGAUGCUCGGCCGUUCCCGCCAUUGUCGCGCUGGAGAGGCGGAGGGACGAGGCAGCCGCCCGCAGGGACACGCUUUUUCGAGAUGAGGCGGUUACUCCACGUGAUUUAGGAGCUCGCUUUUGGCUUCCUUUUAUGUUUUAAGUUGAGGAUUUUGAGAGAGCAAGUGAGAGAUUUGGUGCUACUAGGGGAGAACAAGUGAAGGGAAAACACAUUUGUCCUAAACCGAACCUGCCAGCUAGACGGACAUGGCUCCCCGCAGAGGAGCAACCGCAAACAAGGGAGGCUCGAAGGCAGCUCCCAAGAAGCGUGUGGCAGCAAACGGCUUCAAGCUGCCCGACCCCAUUGCCCCUGGGGUCGUCGUAACAGAUAUUGCCAAGAAGAACUGGAGAAUUGGUAAUAGUAUUGGUGUGGGUGGCUUCGGAGAGAUCUACUUGGCUUCCAAUGAAACAGACAGACCAGUGGAUGAUUCAGCCGAUUAUGUUAUCAAAGUGGAGCCUCACAGCAAUGGCCCACUGUUUGCGGAGAUGCACUGCUACAUGCGCGUAGCCAAGCCAGAGCACAUCGAAACCUGGAAGAAGGAGAAGAAGCUGAAGCGCCUGGGCAUGCCAAAGUACCUGGGCUCAGGCUCGUUUGAAUACAAUGGCCAGAAGUACAGAUUCAUGGUCAUGGAGAGAUUUGGCAUGGACUUGCAGAAGAUCCUCGAGAGACACAGCAAGAGAUUCUCCUUCAAGACCGUCUUUCAAGUGGGCAUUCAAAUUUUGGAUGUGCUGGAAUACAUCCAUAGCAAGGAGUACAUCCAUGCUGACAUCAAGGCAUCCAACCUGCUGAUCGGACACCAACCGGGCACUGAACACCAGGUAUUCCUCGUUGACUUUGGCCUGGCCUGUCGCUAUGCCAACGAUGGGAAGCACAAAGAAUACAAGUUUGAUCAGAGGAAGGCCCAUGAUGGCACCAUAGAAUUUACAUCUCGGGAUGCCCACAUUGGUGCUCACUCCCGACGAGGAGACCUAGAGAUCCUUGGCUACAACAUGACACAGUGGCUUUGUUCACGACUACCUUGGGAAGAUAAGUUACAAGAUUGCAAUUAUGUAGCUAAUCAGAAGAGGGGCUACAUGGAGAAACUAGAUACAUUUAUGUCGCAGUGUUUCCCAGAAACCCAGCCUCCAGGUCUGAAAGAGUAUUUAGAAUACGUGGUCAACCUGGCUUUUGACGAGAAGCCUGACUACGAGAAGUGCCGGAACAUCCUCCGCGAGGGCUUAAAGGCCAAGGGCUACCGGGAUGACGGGAAGCUGGUGUUUAUGUCAGCAACACCAGUGCCAGUGUCACGUAAACCCAAGUCGCGUCUCGACCGCAAGAAAACCACAAAGCGGCGUUCAGAGGAGGAGGAAAAUAUAUCGGACUUCACUCCCAAGAAGAUGAUGAGGGCUUCUAAUAUCUCUCCAUGUAGGCCAAGGAAUAAGAGGGUUAAUACAAGAACCUGCCCCAGAAAUUCCUUGAUAGGUAUCAGUCUGAGCAAGCCUAAUCAGCCAGAGUUCGCCUACAUAGACCCUGAAGACGUAAUGAUUGAGAAGGAAAAUCAAAAGAUGGCCGAGCGUAAAAUGAAGCAGAGACCCAAGAGAUUAGGCAUUGUUCGGGACACGUCCCUUGACAACCCUACCCCACAGAUGAUUGAAAUCAUGAACAAGAUCAGAGAGAAGUCGGCAUCUCCACCAGUUUGCCAAAAACGUCAUAGGCACAAUAGCAACUGUUACAGCAACAGAAGCAGCCCCACAGGGGAAGAGCCCCCAACACAGUUCACCCCUGAGAUGGAAGCUGUGAUGCGGAGACGUGCUGAGCGCCUGUCAUCCACCUCAGACUGCGAAACCUAUUGUUAUUCUAGUUCCUUAUCAGAUGUUGGGUCACCGCAAAUGUUUGAUUCCUCGGAGAAUGAGGACUCGAACGACGCCACCAUCUAUUACUCUCCAACGGCUCCCUCUCCUCCCUAUAUGGCUCCUCAAAAUAAUAAUACAGUUAAAAAGGGACACACCAGACGUCAACGAACAGGUCUAUACGUCUCGCCGAGAGAAGUUGCACAGCUGCUGAGUAGUGCGCGUGUAGAGUUACGGACAAUUGCGACUCAGACAUCUCCAGGCGUGAGAGUGACCCGCAGCAUAUCUAGACAGACGUCACCCGAGAUAUUUUAAGUGCAGUGUUAAUUGGUUUUGUGAAAAAAAAAGAGAAAAUAUAAUUAGUCAGCAAUAUACUUUGGUGAUCAAACAGUGGAUUUACUGGUGCUCACAUUGGAAAAGAUGUGUUGAAAAUUUUUAUUGUGUAUAUACUGUACGUACCUCAGAGAUACUGUGACGAGGGUUAAUAGUUGAAUUUGAAAAAUAUAAGUGAAGUGGAAAAUGACUUGUUACUGUUUCAUUUGGAAAAAUGAGAAAGAACUGAAGGUGAUAUAUAAAUAUAUAUUAUACAUAUAUAGAUACUUAUUAUUUUUGUUUUAAUCCUUCAAAAGGGCUAAUUUUCUUUUGAGGAAAUGCCAAACCUCAGGAGUGUGAGACAUGGUUGUAAGCUAGUGAAACUGUUGUGAACAUUUAGAAAGAAAUUUUAUUCCAGUUGUAUUUCUGCUAGAAACCAUGUGGACCAGACUGUUGUGCACAGUGACAAAAUCCAUUGAACUCUUGUAGUGACCAGUUGUGUAAAUACAUAUAUAUUUUUUUCUCUCUACUUUUCUUGAAUAUGGCCAAUUGUCCAGUCAUUCAAAAUCACGUUUCUCCUGUGGCCAUCAUGUUCAUUUCAUCCUAGGCUUAAACGUUUUCAGUCUCUAAAUUAUUUCAUGUCAUAUUCCAUUCUCAUUUAUGCUUUUAUAUUGAAAAUACUGCUUAAUAAAAAAGAUGUUUUUUUCAUUUUUUAAAGGUUCUUUUGCAAACCAGUAUAUUUAUAUAUUUGAAAAAUAAAAAUAUGGAUUUAGUUUGUGUGCCUUAUUAGCUCACAAUUUCUUUUAUGAUAUUGGCAAUAACUUUACUACAUCAAGGGAUCCAGUACAGUUCAAAGUAAAUUAAAUAUCACAUGUGUAUGUAUUCAACCAAACUUUGGAGUUGUAGAGGAAAAUCUUUUAGGCCAAGGCUGUGAUAUCUCUAAAAUAAAAUAUAAAAAAAAAAAGAAAAAAAAAAAAACAAGGAUUAAUAGGUUCCUUGCCAUUGGCUUUUCAGACUUUCUAAAGAGCAGUUUCUGUGUUCUUAUUUUAGACAUUUUCUUGUGGCAUUAUUGUGCGAAUCAAUAAUUUUCCUUUUCUUUUUCAAGUUUUGCUGUCUUCUCUGAUAUGUUUUUUUUUAUUUUUUAUUUUUAUCCUCCCCCUGAUGAAAAUGACCUUGACAAGCAUACUAUAUGGAAUUGGUAGUACCUGUUCUGGUUGUGUAAUAAAGUUGAAGUAGAUUUUUCUUAAAUUCCUGUGGUUCUGAACGUUAUUGGCUGAAGAUGUUCCAUUACCUGCCAAGGAAGACUCCCAUGUAGACUGAAAAUCACCAGUAGUUACAUUUUGCUUGAAGGCAUUAUUAGUAUUAUUAAGUAUUCAUUAAUAAUUGUGUUUGUAGCUACUGCAGCUUUUAUUAAAAAAUAAAAAUAUAAAGAUUUUUCAAUAGUCAAAAGUCAUCAGGAACUAUUGUUAUGGAAUUUGCUUCUUCCACCAACCAGACUAGUGACUUUCAGUUUACAGAAUGGGGUUCCUUUGCCAUUUUUUGCACACCAGCAUUGUAUAAUGAAGUAAAAAUGAAAGUCGUGUGAAAUAGUCAUCUGGUUUAGCCAACUGCCUUUUCUUGUUUGGAGAAAUUUACUGCUAUUGAUUGCAUGUUAAUCUUUACCUUUUUUUUUUUCCAUGGUAUGACAAUAGUGUGAGUAAUUGUUGAUUCCCUGGUUUUAUUAGGUUUUGUUUACCAAUGGAAUUUGUAGUUACUAUAAUUGCCAAAUGGAUUUCCUUUUUUUUGGCCCUUCCUUCAGGAUCUCAUGGUUCACGUUGUUUUUUGCUCAAAGCUUCGGCUCUUUACUCAGUCAGUACUGGUUUAUUCCAUUGUACAGUGUACAUUUUUUUUGAAAAAUAAAGUGUUUUGAUUA